UACUGUGUCAUGUAUGCCUGGCGUUAUUUAGUAGCUAGUAUUUUGAAAGGGGGUUUUUGGACUUCCGGGCUUCCAUCUUGUGCAAGCGGCUCCGUGGAAAUGUGAUUGUCAUGUUGAGAGCCAUCAGGGACGGCUGCUGGUUCCAACUGGUUCCAUUGAUGCUUCACCAUGAAUCACACAAGGAGGUUAAAGGGAGGUUAACAUGACAUACACCACAAAAUAGGGCUGUGUACUAAGUUCAUCCAAGUUAGCAGCUCUUCUAUCAAACUGAAAUUUCAGUAAAAAAUUGCUGAUUUACGUUUUUAAUUAUUCUAUAGUCUACUUUCCAUAUCAAGCAAAUGUGUGUCAAAAACGGAUGCUGCUUCAAAUUCAAACCGAAUCAAUAUUUAUUAGAUCACAUACACAGUUGUAAAAAGUAUAAUGCAUAGUGAAUUGGCUGGAACAAUAUUGAAAUGAUUAUUUCAACGCUAUAUUUUUUUAGUGUGCGUGCGUGCGUGCGAAUGUAUGAAUGAGUGUUGCAGUACACCAUGACGGUCGCGCGGGGUCGCCUCAGCAAUGUACCGACAGUUGACUGUUUCUUUUUUACGCCCCCCCUCCGCGAACCCACACACACACACACACAUACACACUCAUACACACUCAUACACUCAUACACACACUCGUGUCUCUUCGUCCGUGUGUGGUUCUUGUCCGCAGUCUCCUUCUCAUCCCGCCCGGCCGCCGACACUGCGCUCCCGGCGCACACUCCCAUCAACCCGCCGCUGUACGGAGCUCUCCUCUUUUCCACUAACAGCAGUGCACAGCAUUAUGUGAAUGGCGGCAGAAAGCGUCCGAGUUGUCCAGGAGGAGCAGGAGGAGGAAGAGGAAGAGGCGGCGCAGUCAGAUCUCCCGCCACGCAGUCAGAGCCACAUUCAAUUCCCGCCCCGCCUUUUGGCGCACACCCGCAGCCUCAGCCACACGCACUUUGGCGCGGCCUCACAGAAAAAGCGCACCUGCCGCCUCACCCACAGCCUCUCUGCCAUGGCCCGCGGGGAGAAUGGCACCCAGGGGGGGCUGGUUACAGCAGGAAAGAUGCUCAAGCCCACUGAGACGCUGUUAGAUGCCAAAGUCCCUCAGCAGACCGACUUGAGUCAAAAGCUAUCGGUGUGCAACAAGCUGUGUUUCGCCAUCGGCGGCGUCCCCAAAGAGGUUGCCGCCAGCGCCACCGCCUUCUUCCUGCAGAUUUACCUGCUGGACGUUGCCCAGAUCAACGCCUUCCAGGCCUCUAUGGUGCUAUUUAUCGGAAAAGCCUGGGGAGCUGUGGUGGAUCCUGUGGUGGGCUUCUUCAUCAACAAGACCAAGUGGACCAGGAUUGGUCGACUGAUGCCUUGGAUGCUGGGCUGUACGCCGUUCCUGGUGGUGUCCUACUUCUACCUCUGGUACGUGCCCCCCUUCGCUACCGGGAGGUUCGUGUGGUACCUUGGCUUCUACUGCCUCUACCAGACCCUCAUCACAUGCUACCACGUGCCUUAUUCCGCUCUCACCAUGUUCCUGAGCACAGACCAGCGGGAGCGCGACUCGGCUACCGCCUAUCGGAUGACUCUGGAGGUGUUGGGAACCCUGGCCGGUGCCGCCAUCCAGGGCCAGAUCGUGGCCAGUGCCCACAGACUCAAACACUGCCAGGGCCACAACAGCACCAUAAAUGCAUUCAACAACAGCGGUGGGGCCGAUGUGAUUCGGAGUUUGGUGCGCUCUGAAGAAUAUAUGUCACAUGCUAAGGAAGUUUACAUGAUCGCUGCGGGUGUCAUCGGGGGAAUCUUCCUGGUAUGCACCGUGGUCAUGUUCUUGGGAGUCAAAGAAAAAGAUGAUCCAUACGCACCAAAGACGGAGAAGCAGAUUCCGUUCCACCGCGGCUUCAUCAUGGUGAUGCGUCACGGGCCAUACCUCAUUCUCACCGCCGCCUUCCUCUUCAUCCUGGUGGCCAUUCAGCUGGUGCAGAACAAUUUUGUCCUCUUCUGCACAUACGCGGCCGACCUGAGGGAACACUUCCAGAAUAUCGUGCUGACCAUCCUGGUGUCUGCAGUAGUAAGCAUUCCUCUGUGGCAGUGGUUCCUGCAGAAGUUUGGGAAGAAGACAGCAGCUUUUUGCGGCAUCACGUGGAUCAUGCCCUUCACAAUGAUGCUGGUGUUCAUCCCCAACGUGGUGGUGGCGUACGUGGUGGCCGUGUCUUCUGGACUCAGCGUCGCCGCCUCGCUCCUUCUGCCCUGGUCCAUGCUUCCGGACGUGGUGGACGACUUUCGGCUGGCCAACCCGUACUGCAAAGGUCAUGAGGCCAUCUUCUACUCCUUCUACGUCUUCUUCACCAAGUUCGCCGCCGCCGUCUCGCUGGGCGUGUCCACUCUGUGCCUGGAGUUUGCAGGGUAUGAAAACGGGGCCUGCAAGCAGCCGGUGGCUGUGGUGUUCACGCUCAAACUGCUCAUCGGUGCCGCUCCAGUGGCCUUCAUCAUCACAGGCCUCAUGAUCCUGCUCUUAUACCCCAUCACAGAAAAAGUGCGACUGCGCAAUAAACUACACUUGGAUGAGCUGCGGAAACAAAGCAGUGCUUCCAGAAGUUCAGAUGACUUGGGCGUGAUGUGAAUUGGAAAAAAAAUUCCGGACGCCGGACACAUAUUCCAGCGGUGCAUGCUGGGAAAUUUAUUGGUGCCAUUGGUGUAUAUUACACUGGGAUUUGAUUUGUUUUUGACCGUGAACGUUUUUUUGUUUCAACAUGUACUGUAUAGCAAUGAUAUAAUAAUAUGAGUAUUUAUACAAAUGAAUGUAUAACGGGGUUUUAUUUCCCCCCCUCUUUCCUUGCUGUGUCUCGUUGCUCUGCAAUACUGUUAUUUAUUAUUUAUGAAUCAUGUGAGAGUAUUACGACACUAUAAGGCGGCGAGGGCUUGAUGUUUGGUUACUUUGGUGAGGAAGAGAGAUGAGGAGAGUCAAGAAUAAGCCACAAAGCUAUGAAAAAUUAAUGUGUAUUUUUUUUAAAAAAGAUAGCUGUGAUCUCCACGUAGCAUUCUUCACCUACUUCUCUGUGUGUGUGUCGUUCCCUCGAUAGAUAGAAUGUGAUAUUAAACUUGCUCAAAAGGGAAAUAUUGUGCAAUCCGGAAGUUUUCCUUUUUUUACCCCCAUUUUAUUUCAUCUCCGAUCGAUGUUGGACAAUCAGUGUGGAUUGAGGACAAUAUAAAUAACUGUGGGCAAUAUAUUUGGUGCUGAGACAAUCAGACCAAUGCGGUGUACACGUGUCAGAUCAAGUCUCGGGAUUGAGAUUGUGUACAUUCCCAUCUGAUUAUUAUUCUGAUGCCAAGAGCCCUGCAAUAAAACCCUCCUUCGUGAUUGCUUUUAUGUCAUUUUUCAUGAUGAGUGGAAUGAGCCUGUGGUUGGAAUCACACCUUUAUGUAGCACAAUAUAGCGCUCUAUAUUGUUACAUGACCAUUUUGUUGUGCUAUUCAAAUGUGUACUGAGUUUCGGUAAUCUGCUAUUUAUUACCUGAU